CUCUUUCUUUCAUUUUUCUUUUCUCAUAUUACAUUAGAAUAUAUAAUGUCUACUGCGGGGCAUCGACACCUACGAAGGGGAGGACCAGAACAAGAAGAUGCUAGUAUAUUAAAACUUGGUGAAGAAUUCGACAAAUCUCAAUGUCUUUAUAUCUCGGAAGUACGUAUUUUAUUAGAAGCUCAAGAAGAAUCAAAGGAAAGCGGCAAAGAAUCUCGACCCAUCACAAAUGUCAUGUCCAAGACUUUAGAACAUGUUCAAGCCUUUGGUCGUUUCAAUAAUAGGGAACCUGUGAUCGAAGUACGACAACUAUUAGGCAAGAAUCCGGAAUUAUCACAGUUUGAAAUUGCACAAUUAGCCAAUUUGUGUUGUGAAGAUGCAGAAGAAGCCAAGGCAUUGAUCCCAAGUUUGGCGAAUAAAAUGGAAGACGAAAAGUUACAGGAAUUAUUGAAUCAAAUGAUCACUAUUAGGAAAUUCCAAGGUUGAUUCAUUCCAAUGCGAUUCUUAAUUUUUUCUUUUUAUAUAUAUUCUUUUUAUGAUGUUUUUUUUUUUCUUACUAUUCUUUAUUAUUUAUAGUAGUUUCUCUUUUUUUUCUCUAUACCAACUUCAAUAAUAAAAAAAAAAAAUCACAUAAUUGUACUACCGCU